CAGGAAAGAGCAGCAGUCAGCUGGGUGUUCUGGGACACAAACACACGAAACUGUGGCGAAUACAGAGAAAUGUCGACCUUGAAUUUAGCCAAAUUAAGCUCGAACUUGCUGAAAAGCGCCGCGUCUGGGGAGAAUGUGGAGCUUGGCUCUCUGUGGCAGGAUCGCACAGCGGUGAUCUUCUUCCUCCGCCGGUUUGGCUGCCAGGUCUGCCGCUGGACCGCUGCUGAGGUCAGUAAGCUGGAGAAGGACCUGAAAACUAACGGAGUAGCCCUCAUAGGUGUCGGACCUGAGGAGACGGGGCUGAAAGAGUUUAAGGAAGGAGGUUUCUUCAAGGGAGACAUUUACAUAGAUGAAAAGAAACAGAGCUACAGGGACCUUGGGUUCAAAAGAUAUAAUGCCAUCAGUGUGCUCCCUGCUGCUGUGGGGAAAAAAGUACGAGAAGUUGCCUCUAAGGCAAGCGCCGAAGGAAUUCAGGGCAACUUCAGUGGCGACCUUUUGCAAAGUGGUGGCAUGCUGAUUGUAGCCAAAGGUGGUGAGAAGGUCCUUCUGCAUUUCAUCCAAGACUCUCCAGGAGACCACGUGCCACUUGAGGACAUCGCCAAAGCUCUGGGUAUCACUGCCAGUGUCCAAGCUGGGGUGAGACCACAGUGCAACGAUGAUGUCUGUACAAGAUGAUGAGCUGCUGUGUUCAGACUUGGGAACCUCUAAGAUAACAGUUUAUCUACCAUAUCUUCAUUGGACUGUAUGCCAAAUAAGAUAUUUUUCUGCCUUAAUUGUGACACUACUUGUGUUAUUUGCUGAUUUAUAUUAAUCUGUGGGAAUUUACAGUGUUUUGUAACAUGGUAUGGGACUAUACAGCAUAUAGCAUAUAAUUUAUUAUUAUGCCAGUGAUAUUUCUCCACUUUCUACUUACCACUUAAUUACUAGAUUCACUGGAACGGGUCACGUUUAAUUAGACAGCCACAUUUGCGUUGUACACUCAUCCUGCCUGCAAACUUGGUUGCUAAACAUACAACAAUAAACUGUAGCUGAAUGCUAUUUUUGUUUGCACUUACUUUUAAAGCUUGAAUAUUUUUGUUCUAACAGGCAAAAUGGACAGCCAGGUUUUCUGAUUUUCAUAUUAACUUUAUUUAAUCAUAUUUUAUAUCAAAGGUACUUGAAUUGCACUGAGAUGUACGAGAUUUAAUGUGAAUGUUUUUAAUCUGAAUUAAACAUUUUAAGCAGCGUU